UAGAAAGUGAUUGCAUUACCUGCUAUGGUGUUUUGAAAUCAUGUGACUGAAAAUUCAGAAUAUAGGGGAGCUCAUUUCACAAAUCUUUUCAAUAGAUCUCUCUCUCUCUCUCUAAUUUAUGUGGCCCAUGAUAUUAUAUUAUUGGUGGUGACAAAGCUAGCUGGCACAGUUGCCAACUCUUUCUUUCUUAAUAAGUCAUUAUCUAAUAUCUACAUAGUCAAGUAAGUAAAGAUGAUGCUUUAUUCAAGAGCUGUGGAUUUUGUUUAUUAAUGAGUAGAUAAUUAUGUGCUUGGAAUAUGCAAACUGACAAAAGCUUCAAAGUCUUCUGAUUUAGAGAAAGACAAUUCCUUAAGAAACUACAAUAGAAGGGACGAAAUGAAAGAGAGAGAUUCAUGUGAAGAAGAAAUAUGACCAUUUUUAAAGGGUAACAAGAGAGAGAGAGAGAAAAAGAAUGACUUCCUUCCCUUAAGGGAAACCAACCCAACCCCUCUACUAAAUAUACCAACUUGUGAAGUUGUAUACUCACAAUUUUCCAAGCAAAUCUCUCUCUCUCUCUCUCUCUCUCUCUCUCUCUCUCUCUCUCUCUCUCUCUCUCUCUCUCUCUCUCUUUUUCUCUCUUACAUUCAUGGAAGUUAACACAACUGGUGAAGCUGCAGAGCCACCUGGUCUGGCCAACAAUACCCUUAAACAACACUCUUCACAUUUUCAUAAUAACCAAGGCCACCAUCAUCAUCACCACCACCAUGGAACUUUUCCUUCAAAAUCCCUUGUCAUAAUCAUCAUAUCAGUCUUCUCAGUUCUGGUCCUUCUUGCCAUUUUUCUCAUCAUAUUAAUGCUUAAACGACUCAAAUCAGCACCCAAAAAAAACAGUGCCCUUUACAAUGAAAGUAAUAGCAUCAACAAUGGAAGUGGCAGUUUUAUUACUCAAACUUCCAUAAACUUCAACUCUAGCCCAGAACUGAGAGGUGGUUGCCUCUAUGGAGGUCAUUUAGGCAAGACUCAACCACAAAGAUACAAGGCAGUUCAAAUUUUCACAUACAAAGAGCUUGAAGUGGCCACAACAGGUUUUAGUGAAGCAAAUGUUAUUGGCAGAGGAGGUUUUGGGGUGGUGUAUAGGGGGGUCCUUAGUGAUGGUACAGAGGCAGCUAUUAAGAUGCUUCAUAGGGCUGGUAAGCAAGGAGAGCGUGCUUUCAGGGUUGAGGUAGACUUGCUAAGCAUGUUGCACUCUCCAUACUUAGUGGAGUUGCUUGGCUAUUGUGCUGACCAACAUCAUAGGCUCCUUAUAUUUGAAUAUAUGCCCAGUGGAACUCUCCACCAUUAUCUUCACGAAGAACAUCAGCCGUUGGAUUGGGGAACUCGAUUGAGGAUAGCCCUUGAUUGUGCCAUGGCUCUUGAGACACUCCAUGAGCAUGCUAUCCCACCAAUCAUCCAUCGUGAUUUCAAGUGCAGCAAUGUUCUCUUGGAUACUAAUUUCAGGGCAAAAGUAUCAGAUUUCGGACUGGCCAAAAUGGGGUCGGAUAAGAUCAACGGUCAGAUUUCAACGCGUGUGUUGGGGACCACAGGAUAUUUGGCACCAGAGUAUGCUUCAACAGGGAAGCUUACAACAAAAUCUGAUGUGUACAGCUAUGGAGUUGUUCUUCUAGAGCUGCUAACGGGUCGUGUUCCAGUUGAUACCAAAAGACCCCCUGGAGAACAUGUCCUUGUUUCUUGGGCUCUUCCAGGAUUAACCAACAGAGAAAAACUAGUGGAGAUGGUUGACCCAGCUUUAAAAGGCCACUACUCAAAGAAGGAUCUAAUUCAGAUAGCUGCUAUUGCAGCCAUGUGUGUACAGCCAGAAGCAGAUUAUAGACCUCUAAUGACUGAUGUUGUACAGUCACUAAUUCCACUUGUUAAGAAUUCCUCUGGCUUCACUAGAUUUCAGAGCCAAAGACCAAGUCCAAGUCCCAAGUAUUUGAGAACUCAAAUCAAAACAACUGGAUAAUCCAUAUUCACAUAUCAGAGCUUGAUAAGAUAAUCCCAUACAAAUUCUUAUUAUUACUGGCUACAAAGUCCCAAAAAACUCCAACAAAAAAGGUACUUUGUUAGCUUGGCAUUUCAGCUACUUCUGAAACCUCAAUGCAAUACUAGGACUAGGAGUAGCAAUAGAUUUGGGUUGUAAAUAGAGAUGUUGCAGCCAAGUACAAAGGACUAUCGAACAUGUGGUUAUGUACUGUUAAAUUUUUUUAAAAAAAGUGGGAGAGUUAUGGGGUUUGGCCAUUUGCUUCAUAAUUUUUAGAAAAACCCUUCUGUAAAAGCAAGCAUUACAGAAGAAUUUCAGUAUGUUGUAGCUAUAUGUAGAUUAACAGAGCAAUAAAAACUGAUAAUGCUUUAUGAA